GGAAGCGCGUGCGGACUGUUGUCAUUUGGUCGUGCGCGCCUUGUCCCUGUCGAGCGAGCGAACGGACAGACAGAUGAACCGCCUUUUUGCAAGAUAAUGCUCGCAGCGAUUGCUUGAUUCCUCCCGGUGGCAGCAACAAGAAGAAGAGCUGUAUAGACCGGGGUUGGGAUGUUUCAGAGGGUGUCAGUGUCAGCGGCGGCAGCGCCUGGCUUCUCCGCGCAGCGUCGAUCCGGACACGAUACAGAUCUUCAUGAAUUCUGUCUUGCUCCACUGAUUUGAUCAACUGGUAAACCUUGAUGUUGCCUGCCAAUUUUGACCAUGAGCUUUUCUUGACCAUGAACUUUUCUUAGCACUGCUGUGUUGGAUGGUAUAGGAAGUAUGGACCUGCCUAACGGGCAAUCAAGCACUAUAUAUUGUCCAGCCACAGCUUCUGAGAGAAGCAGCAGCUCUGAGUCUCUAAGUGAGAAAGCCUGUAAUGAUCCCAAGAAAAGUUUUGAUGCAGUGGUAUUUGAUGUCCUGAAGGUAACACCAGAAGAGUUUGCAAGUCAGAUAACAUUAAUGGAUGCGCCAGUUUUUAAAGCUAUUCAACCUGAGGAGCUAUCAAGUUGUGGGUGGAACAAAAAAGAAAAACACAGUUCUUCGCCAAAUGUUGUAGCUUUCACAAGAAGGUUUAAUCAUGUCAGCUUUUGGGUUGUCCGAGAAAUUCUUACUGCACAAACAUUAAAGAUCAGAGCAGAAGUUUUGAGCCACUAUGUGAAAACUGCAAAGAAAUUAUAUGAGAUGAAUAACCUACAUGCGCUAAUGGCUGUCGUGUCCGGAUUGCAGAGUGCGCCCAUCUUCAGGCUCACAAAAACAUGGGCGCUUUUGAGCAGAAAAGAUAAAACAACUUUUGAAAAAUUAGAAUAUCUGGUGUCUAAAGAAGAUAAUUACAAGAGGCUCAGGGAUUACAUUAAUAGUUUGAAGAUGACUCCAUGUAUUCCAUAUCUAGGCAUUUAUUUGUCUGAUUUGACAUAUAUUGACUCUGCAUACCCAUCCACCCACAGCAUCAUAGAGUGUGAACAAAGAUCGAACCUAAUGAACAAUAUUUUGAGGAUCAUUUCUGAUCUUCAGCAGUCUUGCGAUUAUGAUAUCCCCUUGUUGCCUCAUGUUCAGAAAUACCUGAAUUCAGUGCAAUACAUUGAAGAACUUCAGAAAUUUGUUGAAGAUGACAAUUAUAAACUGUCGUUAAGAAUUGAGCCUGGCACCAGUACACCGCAGUCCACUGCGUCAAGGGAAGAUCUUGCUGGACCUGAUGUCGCACCAUCCCCACAGAGCAGCCGGCGAAGUGUGGCAGCAGAGGCAGCCCUAAUGAAUAUACCACCGACUCCACCUUCUUCCAGGCAUCUGUUCACACAUGGACAUAGGAAGUCCCACAGCCUCGGAUACAACUUUAUACACAAGAUGAAUACAGCUGAGUUUAAAAGUGCUACAUUUCCCAAUGGAAGACCCCGGCACUUGCUGGAUGACAGCGUAAUGGAAAACUACACUCCUUCAAGAGUCCAGGCAGAAAGUUCCACAAUUUCCAGUGGAAUAUCACUAGGUAGCAGUGAAGGUUCUGAACUCAGUGAAGAAGUGUCAUGGCCAGCAUUUGAAAGGAACCGUUUCUAUUAUUCUCUUUGUCCAGUGCCACGAGUUGGGAGGAAUGGCUCUCGAGGGCACAUGAAAACCAACAGUUCUGUGGAAUCUGAAGAGCUGGCAGUGAACUUCUUCCUGGGAUGUGUCACAAUUCAAGGAGUUUUGAGAAGGAAAACACUACUGAAAGAAGGAAAAAAGCCUACGGUUGCAUCAUGGACCAAGUAUUGGGUGGCAUUAUGUGGAACAAAACUAUAUUACUAUUCAGCCAAAUCUUUAAAACCGACAGAAAGAAAACAUUUCAAAUCAAGUUUGAGUAAGAGUGUUUCUGUUGUGGGUUGGAUGGUAAUGAUGGCUGAUGAUCCAGAGCAUCCAGAUGUUUUCCAGCUUACAGACUCUGAAAAGGGGAAUUCUUACAAAUUCCAAGCUGGUAAUAGAGAGAAUGCAAUGCUAUGGUUUAAGCAUUUGAGUUCUGCCUGCCAAAGCAACAGACAACAGGUCCCUGCAAACUUGAUGUCUUUUGAAUGACCGAAUAGUGGCAUAAUUCAAGACUUGUCUGCAAGCUUGAUGGAUGCUUGCGGUUCCUGAAAGGACCUCAUGGAAGAGUUCCACAUUUGUUCUUUCUGUGCCAGGAUUGAAUCCAGAGGUGUGCUUAGUAUUCUUAUAUCGGAGCACAAACUUCACAGCGUAACAGCACCAACCACUAAGACUCAGUGACAAUAUUGUGGUUGUCCUGGAGCAGCUAAGAAGCAUUUGAUAAGUGAUCUGAAUCUCUGAGGACUGUGCAUCCCAGUUGCACUGACUGCCCUGUGGAACCACUGCCUUAAGUAAAAGAUUUGUUUCACCAAAUAGUGUAUAUGUUAUAACCAGUAAUGCUGGACUUUUUGAUACAUAAAAUCCAGCUAGAUUACAGUUACUGUAGUUAACUGUUUUGGGAGUACUUAAGAUUUUUUUUUGCAUUUCCUAUCCUUUCAUCAUUAAUUUUGCUUACUUGCUCUAGUCUAGUUAACCCAUGUUGGGUAUGGAAAUGGAAUGAGCAAUCUAUGUAGUCAACAGUAUUACCAUGUAGAAUUGCACAUCCAUAGGUUUUUAAUACCUAAAAUACUUUAUUUUGUUGGAAAAGUGUUUUAACUGAACUAUUUUAUACCCAUGUAAUGUUCUUUUUUUAAUUUUUACAAUGUGAACAAUUUUCCUGUGGAUUUUGUUAUCUGCUGCAAUCUUGAAUGGAAAAAAACCUACCUGUGGUAACUUUGUACUAUGAACAUUCAGAUUUGCCAUUUGACUAUUGUAUAUUUUUCUCAAUCUCUCCAGUAAUGUGUACAGCUUGCUUUGAGCUCUUGCAUUCUGUUAACACAUAGUCUGCAUUCUAAUUAGUAAUCCUGAAGUACUACUGAUCCUGAUGAUAUGUUUCUAAUGCUUUUUGUGUAACUGGUGUCAUUUUCAUCACUCUGGAUGUAGUGUGUAUGUGUGUGUUUGCACAAGCAAGUUUAAAAACUCUUUAGGUACAAUUACAGAAAGUUUUCCUACACAAUAAAUGUCUUGCAAGUGCAAGCAGCUUAUAUGGCAGUUUAAUGCUGUUUCCACCAAUCAAACAUAAUCAGCAAGGAGAAUAGUUGGAAUCAUUUCCAAGGAGGCAUCCUUAAGUUGUGAAAAAGCAAGAUCCAAACUGUAGCUGCAUCUGAGGCCUUCAAGUACAUGUAAGCACACAAUGGGCCUACAGUAAACUAAGUAGUUAUUACACUUCUUUUUAGCUUACUUUCUUGAUGUAUUUUUACUUAUUUGUCCAAACCAAAGUGCACACCAUCACUAAUAUGUUUUACAAUGUUACAGAAAUUGUAACAAUUGGUUGCCUAACCUAAUGUUAUAAAUGUAGUUUCCACCAGAAGUAUGACCACCAGAAGUUGGUUGUUAUGCAAAUGUUUUUAAAUUGGAUUUGUUCCAUUAUAAUGCAGGCUAGAAUUACUCAUUAAUGCUGUAAUUAUAGAUGUGGGAACCAGAUAUUUUGCCGGUUUUCUUUCCAGUAUUUCCAUCCAUGCUUUGUUCACAAUACUUCACAAAACUGAUAGAGGACAUAAUUUGGGGAAUGGUUAAGGGUACAUUGGAUAGAGGUUUAGAGGUUUUUAUUUUUCUAACAUAGUUUUGUUAAAGCAAUGUAAAAGCAAUUAUGAAAUUACAGUGAGAUUCACUUUCCAUAUUCAUUUGAGUUCUUCAUCUUAGCCCAAUUACCUAAGGAUUGGAAUGCACAAAAACUGGACCUUGGACAUGAAUGAUGAAAGUUCUCCCUCAAAAGAGAUUACAUAGUUUAAUCUGAGAGAUAUUGAAGCAUAAGUAUCCUGUUACUUAUUUUCCAAAUCUGGAUAUCUUAGCAAAUGAUAUACAGUGAGGACAAUGUCUCAACUAAGUAAUAGGAAAAAUAUGCUCUAGGUUUGAUUUUAUUAAUUUCAAUAUUUUAUAGAAUUAGAGGAUUGCUACAUUCAAAAUUUAGCUAAUGUAGUUAAUACAAGCCCUUAAUUUAAAUCUUGGCAAUUGGUUGAGAAUACCAAUGAUGCUCAUUCUGGUAUAGAUACUGAAGAUCUUAAAACAAAUAUUUCCAUUAUUCUAUGCAGUUGGCUUGCCAGGCCACAAUUUUUUAGAACUCAUGUACAUUAAUGUGGCACAAGGUCAAGCAAAAGGUGGUGAUAACUGCAGCCAGAGAUCCUGUAAGUCAUAGUCUGCUGUAAAUUUUCUCUACUGCAACAGGAGUCCAUUUAAUUGGUAUUUGAUUUUGGCAUCUCAAGAUGAAGAACUAAAUCUAAAUCCUUUCAGAAUAUUGAAGGAUUCAACAAGGGUGUUGCCAACACUUGAGGGACAGAGUUAUAGGAAGAGGUUAGACAGCCCAGAACUUUAUUUUAUGGAGUGUAGAACACUGAGAAGUGAUCUUAUAGAGAUGUAUGAAAACCUUAAGGAGCAUAAAUAGGGUAAAUGCAUUCAGUCUUUUUCCCAAGAUUUAGAAAUCUAGCAUUAGAAGAUACACUAUAGGUUUAAGGUGAGAGGGAAAAGAUUUAAUAGGAACUUGGUGGACAGCUCUUUUUUUACAUGAAGGGUGAUAUCUUUGUUGAAUGAGCUGCCAAGGAAGCAGUUACGGCAGAUGGAAUAACUUUUUAAAAACAGUUAAAAGAUUGGAAAUGUUGAGAGCAUGAUGAAGUAUUAUUAGUUGAGCUGAAUGGCCUAUUCCCAUGCUGUAUAGCUCUAUGACUCUUAAAUGAAGGUUAGAGUUUUGAUGGAUUAAAGAGAUUUCAUUCAGUUCACUGAAGGAGAAUAUUAAGUACAGACCUAAAAUAAGAGGAGGCAAGAUGGAUUAAUUUCAGGCAUCUCCAGCAUUAAGUGUUGAUGUCAUGAAACAAAGGCAAAAGUUUAAAAAGAAAAGUGUAUCUGGUAUAAGUAUAAGUUAUAGGAUAAGUUGAGUUAUUCAUCAAAGCUUCAGUGGUUCCAGAUAUGUAGUUAUGUGCUAGGUAGAAAUUCAUUUGUUUGCUGUAUAUGUUAAUCAAAUAAUGUGGCAAUGUUUAUUCAUUGAACUCCACUUUUGAAGUUCUUUUCCAUUUUAUUAAUUGGAACAGGUUUUUCCCCGGUUUUGGAAGUGCUCUUUCAGGGAAAGAUCCAUGGCUUCAAUAUGUGUCAGUAGUCCUGUCAUGUUAAAAACUUAGCUUCUCAAUUAAAUGCUCAAAAAGUUGUUUCAACAAUUAUUUCAAUGGAAAUGCCCAAAUAAAUAAUCUGAUAUCAUUCCAUAUAUAUUUUCAGUUGAGAAUUCUGAUGCAAACUUAUCCACAUUUACUAGUAACACAUCAGGGUAGUGGGCACCAAGAGGAAAUCUUUGUACAAGCUUGGAUCGUACACGAAAAAACAUAAUUAUAGUUGUUGGAGAUGAACCACCUCAACCAUCAGUGGAGGAGUACUCUAGGUAUAAACAUCUUCAGUUGAAUUAUCAACCAUAAGCCACAGUAUAGCGGUUAGCACAGUGCUAUGACCGCUCAGGGCAUCGUAGUUCAAUUCCAACACUGUCUGUGAGGAUUUUGUAUGUCCUCCCCAUUAAUGCGUGGGUUUCCUCCAGGUGCUCUUGUUUCCUCCCCUGUUCCAAAGGCAUACCAGUUAGUAGGUUAAUUGGUCAUAGUAAAUUAUUCUGUGAAUAGGCUAGGGUUAAAUAGGUGGGUAGCUGGGUGGUGCGGCUUGUUGGGCCGGAAGGGCUUAGUCCACGCUGUAUAUCUAAAUUAAUAAAUAAGAUCAGACUUAUGUUUUGGAACAAUCAGGAUUUGACAGCAAGAUCUGGUUCAAUAAUUUUUAAAUGGUAAGAAACUAAUAAAUACUAAUUUCA